CGCACAUACGAAGUGACAACCAUGACAAGUGACAAAUUUGGCGCAGGAACAGACGCGACUGUAUAUAUUCAGCUUUACGGCGCCAGUGGAGAGGCAACGGAAAAGGUGGUUCUAGCGAAUCGCGUAGAUUCCAAGAAGUGCUUCGAAAGGAAAAGCCGUGACGUCUUCUUUGUGCAGCUCGAAGAGAUAUCAGAGCCCCUAAGCAAGCUGAGGAUCGGCCAUAAUGGCUCUGGAGUGGCCGCAGGAUGGCAUCUUGAUCGUGUCGAAGUUCCUAUCACUUACGUAUUCCCAUGCAACCGAUGGUUGGCCAAGGACGAAGAGGACGGAGCACUUGAUCUCGACCUACUGCCCACUCGAGUAAUGAAGGGCAGCGAUCUGGUCGAAACCGGGCCGGGCCUGAGCACGAAGCUCUACCAGAUCCGAGUGAUAACUGCCGAUGUCAAGGAGGCUGGUACAAAUGCCAAUGUCUUCCUCACACUCUACGGAGACAAAGGCGAUUCUGGCGAGCGUAAAUUGGAUAAGUCGGAAACGCAUCGGGACAAGUUUGAGCAAGGCAAAAUGUAUUCACACAAUUUCGUCUAA